AUGGAUAAAAUCAGUGCUUUGCUGGAUCAAAAACUGCAGGCGUACCUGGCUGUCUUCACAGACAACUUCAGAGAAACAGUUAAGACCGAUGUUCACAAUUUAGUUCAAGCGGAGAUGGACUCCAAAAUGCAAAAGCUUAAAGAAGACUUUACAGUCACCACAGAUUUUAUAUGCGAAGGACAAUCAUCUUUGAAACACGAGAUAGACAACAAAGUACGAAUUAUCAAGGAUCUUGAGGCUAAGAACUCUCAACUUCAAACUCAACUCAAUUCAUUGAAUAACCGUCUGGCAUCUAUAGAAAAGAUGUCGCGCAAUCAGAACAUAGAGAUUCAAGCAGUACCCGAGAGUCGAAAUGAGAAUCCGUCUGCCAUAUUUCAAAACCUUUGCAAAGCUAUUAAUCUUCAAAUGACUGAUGACAAAAUCCAUUCUUGUCGUAGAGUCGCCAAGCUGAACCCCUCCUCGGACCGACCUCGUAACAUACUCGUAACACUGGUCAAUCCGCGUUUGAGGGACGAGGUUCUCUCUGCGUGUCAUCGUUAUAACAAGCAGCACAAGAACGAGCCCUUGGACACUACCCAUCUCGGGCUACCCACAGAAAGGCACAGAAUCUAUAUUACCGAACACCUCUCUCCGGACUGCAAAGCUUUACACGCAGCUGCUAGAAAAGCGGCCAGAGAGAAGAAUUACAAAUACGUUUGGGUCAAAUACGGGCGUGUCUAUAUGCGCAAGGAGGAUACAGCAGCUUGUGUUCAUGUUAAAAGCACGGACACCUUGGAUAAGCUUUAG